GAAAGCAGCCGGGUGUCGGCCCACCUGUGGCCGGCACGGGCCCCAGACGGGACCGGGUCGGAGGCGCGACACGACGCACUGUCCACACCGAGCUCCCAGCCAGCGGUCUGUUGAGAGGCGGCUUCCGAGAGAGCAGCACCGAGCCAGCGCACGAGCGCCAGUGUUGGAGUGGAAGUCGGUGUGCAGAAGCAGUACUGCAGGGGCGACAGCUGGACGCACGUCGGAGAACGCCCGCACCCGCCAUGACGGCGCCGUUCGUGACGACGGUAACGAAGCCGGCGCCGGCCAGCUCGCGCCUGCGCCGCGCGCUGAUGGCAGUGGCGCUGCUGCUGCCGCUGCUGUUGGCCGUGGGGGUGCUGGCCUGGCUGGUCACGCCCCAGACCGGCGACGGCAAGGUCGAGUGGCUAGAGCGGCUCUUCAGCGGAGGCCAGACGCAACACGACGAGUCGGUCUGCUCACUGGCGAUGGAGGCGGGCCCGUGUCGCGGAGCGCUGCAGCGCUUCUACUACAGCCCGGAGGCCGGCGGCUGCACGGCCUUCCUGUAUGGCGGCUGCGAAGGCAACGCGAACAACUUCGAGACGCUGGAAAUGUGCCGUGCCCAGUGCGGCGGCGGUCAGCUGGACACAGAGCGCGCACACGAGCAGAAAGGUGCUGACAUCUGCACGCUGCCGGCGGAAGUAGGCGACUGCCGAGCGGCGCUGCCACGGUAUUUCUUCGACCCGAAGUCGUCCCAGUGCAAGGAGUUCACGUACGGGGGAUGUGGAGGGAACAGAAAUAACUUUCAAACUCUGGAAGAUUGCGAGCAGAAAUGCCGGUCCGACCAGCGCGGCGCUGCCGACUGCACGUCGGCGCCGGACGGCGGCCUGUGCAUGGCCUACAUGGAGCGGUACGCCUACCACCCGGACACGGACUCCUGCCAGAAGUUCGUGUACGGCGGCUGCGGCGGCAACGGCAACCGCUACAACACCAGGGAGGAGUGCGAGACGCGCUGCGCACAGACGACGACCGGGGACGAGGAGGGAGUCGCGUCUGAACUGCAGGAGGGCAGGGACUACGACACGCGCGCGUGCGGCGUGUCCGAGUGUCCGGCCGACUGCGGCCUGGUGGGACGCCAGGUCGACUGCGUGCUGUGCCGCUGCGGCCACCAUCCUCACCUGGAGCCCGGCCAGCUGGCCGUGGCCGCCGGCCAGCCCUGCCCCGCCGGCUACAGCCGACUCCACGAGGACUUCAGCGCGGUCGUGUGCGCCCCGGAUCCCGGCCGCUCCGACGCCGUCGCCGUAGAGGCAGCGCCACCUGCGAGAAACCGAGCCGCUAAUCGCCCGUGGGACGUGACGUCAGAGGAGCCGAGCGGCCCGCAGCCAGCGACUCGGCCUGAAGAAACGCGGCCGAUACGUGGGGAAUAUGGGCUCAAUGACGCCCUCUUGGGUGGGAUGGACCGGGUUGUGACGUGUUCAAGCACGACGGCAGAUGUGUUGCGUAUUUCUCCAAGCCUCGCGAUCCACAUACGACUGCGGUUUAUCACAUUUUAUCUCCGUCUGCAACGCAGUAAACUCAGUUCCCCGCACACACACACGGCAUUGCAUUGAUGAACGCACGACAGCAUAACAAAGUGCACUUCACUGCUGGGAGGCGCCGGCAUGAGACCAUUGGGAGGAACAUGGAUGGGCAGCAUCCUGCUUCCAGUGCUGCUGAGUCAGGGGAUCGCCGCCCGCCAUAUGGCGCCACGGCCCCUCGGCAGGUCUUCACUGACAAUGGGGUAGUUCUAGAAUGGAUAUCGCCCAAUACACGGCUGCUAGUUUUA